AUUAAACUUGUAUUAUUAUUUAUAUUUUCAAGCUAUCAAAAAAUUAUGAAGUUUUGCAAUUUAUUUGUGAAGAAUUUAAGAAAAUUACUCGUUUCAAUUGAUAUGUUUGGAUCUCAAAUUAACUUAUAAAUCAAAAAAGAAAACGAAUAUCAUACUGCUUUUGGAGUGUUAAUGAGUAUUGGGAUCUUAGCAUUAAUUUACUAUUCUUUCUUAUCCUUAGUGAUUGAUAUGAUAGAUCGCAAAAGUCCUAAUGUUCUUUAAAAUAUUUAAUAUUAAGCUAAUCCAGAAGUAUUAUAAAUGUGUCUAUUAAAACAUAGGAAUUCAAUUUAGAGUAAAACUCCUUCCUCUUUUACCUAGUUUUGUCUGAUAGUUAUGGAAUUCCAAUAAUUUAGAAAACUGGUUCACAAAUUUUUACAGCUUCAAUGUAAGCAUGUUCAAGAAUUACUGAUCAAAAUAACACAAUUAAGAACAAUUGUACAAAUUUUACAUUAAAAUCUUGUGCAACAAUUCAAAUAAAUACAUAGAUCUAAGAAUAACUUAAUAUUUCAUAAGCUUUAUUAGCUUCAAGUCUCUGUUUUGAUCCUAAAGACUGGAAUUCAAUAUCACUCUCAUUAUAAGGAACUCCAUAAAGUCCUGUUUUUAAAAGUCUUUAAUUUAAAAUUGAAAAAUGCAAUAAUGCAACAACAGAAGAAAGUAUUAUUUUAAUUCUAUAUAGAUUGUGCACCUUUAGAAUAUAUUAAUAAAAAAUUAAGUCAAGGAUACUUAGGUUUUUUUAUCUCUGAUUCAGUUUUAAAUCAAUAGAAAGCCAAAAAUCCAUUUUCUUUAGUCUCAAAAUUGAUAACAACAACUAUUUCUUCAUAUUAAUACAAAUCGAUGACAUUGUGGAUGAGAAAAUCAAAACUUUAUAAUAAGGAAAACUUUUUUUAUUAUUUUGAGAAUAAUGAUGAAUACAGUGCUUUAUUAUUUGAAAGAUAGUCUGAACAAGUAUUUAAUAUUUAGUAAAAUUAACUGAUUGAUAUAACUUUAUAUUUAGAUGACAGAGAAGCAUUAUAUUAUAGAACCUAUAAUAAUAUUUUAGAUAUUUUAGGGUAGAUGGGAGGUUUAUUAGAAUUAAUGUUAUUUUUGGCGGGGACAAUUGUCAAGCCUUUUAACAAACUUUCAUGUGAUUUAUUUUUAGCAUCAGAAAUUUUUUAUUUUGAAAAACCAAAUAAUCAGUAAAAAAUCCAUCCUUAAGUUCAAGCAUUAAACUAAGUUGAUGGAUUAGUUAAUUAAAGUUAAUUUGCACAAUUAAAAAAGUUCUUUAAAUUAAAAGCUUAAUAAAUCAAAUUAUUUGUUCAUUAAUAUUUAUUCACUUGUGGCAAGGAUAGGCAAUUAAUUUAAUAAAGUAUUGAAUCAAUUUACAAUUAAAUUGAUAUUAUCUAUAUUAUUAAUAAAUUAAUAGAAAUUGAUAAGUUGAAGAAAAUAUUAUUAAAUGAUGAUUAACAAAUAUUGUUUAAUUAUAUUCAUAAACCUAAAAUUUAAUUAGGAAUCAGAGAAAAAAUGAAAGCAAGUAUCAAUUAAAAUUAUUAUGAUACAAGUAAGCUUUCUUUUGAAGAAGAAGUUCUAUAAGCAUUCAAUUCCUAUAAUAUGAUUAAGGAAAACAAUCAAUUAAAGUUUAAGAAAAUAAAUCAAAGUAUAAUAAGUCUCUUGGAUAGAGAUAUUAAAUUGAUUUUUGAAAAUAGUGAGAAUUAAAAAAUACAAAAACAAACUUCAGUCCUGUAAAUUUAAUAAAUUAAUUCAGUAAAUGAUUUAAGUCUUUAAGAAAAUAGAGUUGAUAUUUGA